GGUCUAUUGCUUGGAAGGCAAUUAUCCUAACCGUUGGACUACAAACGCCUCGUUGGAAUGUAAAUAAACACUACAAAGAUUUUACAUAUUAUAGAAUUGUGAUUUCCUUGAUGUAUGAACCGUCUUGUGCAAGUUUCUGAAUUUGCAGCGAUGGAGUCGGUUCCACUGAGGCAUCCAAUCUCUGCAACACGUCAGAGCUUCUUGGGAAGAAGAAAGGGAAAGCCAGAGACCGCAUAUCACAUCAGAAAGUUUGGUUCAAAUACGGGUUGUCUUCCCCUUCCUCUGAUUCAUUGCAAACAAUUCGAAUUCCAAGAUUUUCAGGAUUAUGCAAAGCCUUCACGCAUUUUGCCAGCCACAGAAGUGAAACUCCGCACAGAUACCUCAGCCAGAAAGGUUUUCACAUCCUUUUGGGAUGCUGAUGAUGAUGGGUCUCGGUCUUUGUAUAUGGUGAAGUUGGGCACUAGCAAUAUCUUUGGUUCCAAUCUGACUAACUUGAAUUCUGGAAUUCUCCUAUGCUUGAUAAACCAAAAUGGAGAUUCUAUAUUACAGAGAAUAUCUGCAAGUUUGGUUACAGAUUAUUUUUCAGAGUCGCAUAAUGGCAUACUCCAUUUUCAAAGAGGUUCUGUAGAUGUGUUCACUUUUGAGGGACCUAAACUUGGAAAAGUUGAAGCUCUUUGGAUCGGUCUUGAAUCAGGCCAGUGGAGAUUAGGAAGCAUCAGCUUGACUGUUAUCAGCCGGAGCCAAACUUCAGUGAAAGAGAAAGCUGGAGGUGAACUUGAGUAUGUCAGUUUCAAAUAUGAGUUCGAAGCUGAGGAUAUCCUGCUUGGGGAGGGAAGUAAUAAUUCCAUGGUAGAACUUAGACCUAGUUUUGUAACCACGUUAUCUGGAGUUGAUCCAUCCACCUUGUUCAGCGAAAGCCUUUCUGGAUCAACUUUACUUGGAAGCCCAGGGAUAUCAAAUGAGGAAAGCAUGAGAGAAUAUGCUAAUCUUAAGUUUUCUUUGCUACUUUAUGAUACCAUCUUGAUCUUUAUUGGCACCUCAGCUUCAUCUUUUUCAGCCGGGGAAAAUGCUGGUUUUGCAUUUUUAGUUGGUGGGAUCAGCGGCUUCUUGUAUCUGCUGCUAUUGCAAAGAUCUGUUGAUGAAUUACCAGCUACAGCAUCAGGUUCCCAGAACACAGGAGCAACUGAUCAGAUGUUUGGAGGAUAUAAAGGCCCACUGUCUAGCGUUGCAUUGGCAAUUGGCUUUGUUUUAUUCACAAUUAAGUAUGGGUCAGGAGAUCUCCCUAUGGUGUUCACAGGAAAAGAUCUAAUUUUUGGGAUGGUGGGAUUUCUUGCAUGUAAAUUUGCUGUUGUAUUGGCAGCAUUUAAGCCUGUGACAAUGGGUCUAAAGAUAAACAAGUAACAUUUUCUCGAUUUCCCACUAAUUAUGGGUGAGAGAGGUGGAAAAUUUGUGAGAUCCUCGGGAGUAGACACCCAGCUGUAUACAUACAUUCAAACAGAACAUUUAUACAUACAAUCCAUACCUUUAAGUAA